AGUACUUGGUUGACAUGCGAAGAGGUUAUAUUUCUUCGUAUCUGAUGAUAUUCACGUUACUAACAAACGGCUUGUAAAAGAAUUUUGUAAUAAUUUUUCCACGCAAAAGACAUAAAACUAUAAGAGCGAUAGUGUAUAAGACCAAUCUCCAUUGCUAGUAACCGUUAUCCUACUAUUGAGCUUCUAUGACAGUAGGCUGUCAAAGAAUUUAAGGGAAGGCAAUGGGUGCAACGCCAAGUCGAUAUGAUGACCUGUCUAAGAAUGUCUAUUUGGAAAAAUUUUGUGGGAAAAAGAGUAUUCUUCCAAAUGAUCCAUUUUGGGAUACUUUCUUAUUGUAUAAUAUCAAACCACCUGUUACCAGAAAUGAUCAGAUAGAGUUAGAUUCUAGAUUGGAUUCUUCUUGUCAGCAGUUACUUGCUAACAAUUUGACCACUGGCAAUUUUGGUAGUCUAAUACAGGUUGCCCUUGCGCGUGCUAGCAACCUGUUAGCAUCAAUGCAAAAUCAAAAAAUCACAUCAGCUUGGCAGACAUACCAGGCAUUGUUUGCAAUAAGAUGUAUACUAAAGUAUUUGAUUGAAACAGUCGGUGAAGAAGAAAUGGUGAAGCACAUAGAAGCACCACAGUUACCUGUACCAACACAAUCAAAUUCUUCUUAUAGAUUAGAAGAUCUAUUUGAAACAUUAGUAGAUAUCAUAACAGAGGUACCACUGUCUGCUGACUUCACGUAUGUUGUUCACCUAGAAGCAAUAAAUUGCUUACUUGUACUGCUCUCUGUGCAACUAUUUUCACAAACUGCAGCUGAAUACAGCUGCAUCUACAGAAUAGCAAUGCAUUCGCAUUAUAGUGAACAUGCACCAGCUGUGGUGUGUACAUUAUUGCAUAAUUUUGUACAGCAAGAACAUGCUCCUCCAGGUUUUCUUACACAACAACCAGGAGGAAGCAUAGUUUUCAGUAUAGCUGCUGGAUUAUGGAAUGUAAUUACAAUGGGGAUGGGUAGUAGUUUGAAAAAUGUACAAGUUACGAGUAAUGGUACUUCGGAAGACGAAGAACGAAAACGUGAUACAGAAACACCUCUUGCUAGUCAAUCGCUAUUAUUGUUACUGGUUCUAACAAAUCAUUGUACCGCGACGGAAAAUCCUUACAGAAAUGCCCUUUUUUCAUUCGUUGAUAUGCAAGAAGACUAUUCUACAAUGCAAGGAAAAAACGUGUUUGCGUUUAAUUUGAAUAAAUUGUACAGUACAAUAUGUAAUAUACCAAAUACAGACGAAGUCACGUUAUUAUUAUACAUGUUAUUACAUAGGAAUUCAAGUGUAAAACAAUACAUUAUGAAAAGACCAGAUAUACAAUUAUUGGUAACACCGAUACUUCAAAUAUUAUAUCAUGCUCCAAAUAAUACAUCCCAUCAUAUUUACAUGUCCCUUAUUAUUCUUUUAAUUUUAAGUGAAGAUGAAACGUUUAAUAAAAGAAUACACGAAAUAAUGCUUAAAGGCGUAAGUUGGUAUACGGAAAGAUCAAUAAGCGAAAUAUCAUUAGGGGGUCUUUUAAUUCUCGUUGUUAUAAGAACGAUACAAUAUAAUAUGUUUAAAAUGCGGGAUAAAUAUCUUCACACAAACUGUUUAGCAGCUUUGGCAAAUAUGUCAGCGCAAUUUAGAUCUCUGCAUCCUUAUGUUAGUCAAAGAUUAUUAAGUUUAUUCGAAACUCUUGCAAAAAAGCAUUCUAGAUUGGAAUCGAAAAUACGCGCACAACCUUUCGUUUCUUCCGAUAGUACCACUGUUACAAUUAACGGAACCACGGCAAAUACAGACCUAAUCCAAGAUUUAACAAUACUCGAAGAAGUUUUACGAAUGGUAUUGGAAAUUAUAAAUAGUUGUUUAACUCACAGGCUUGCACAUAAUCCAAACUUAAUAUAUACACUUUUAUAUAAGAAAGAUAUUUUUCAACCAUUUAGAAUGCACACUGCAUUUCAAGAUAUUGUACAAAAUAUAGAUUCUGUCAUCAACUUCUUCUCUCAUAAGUUGGAACAAAAGGAUCAAUCACAAUUAGGUGUUAGCCAAGUAUUAAAUACAAUUCAACAAGGUACUAGUGAAUGGCCCCGUGAUCGUCUAAGGAAAUUUCCAGAGCUUAAAUUUAAGUAUGUAGAAGAGGAGCAACCGGAGGAAUUUUUCAUCCCCUAUGUGUGGAGCGUGGUGUGUCAAAGCGCGCUGUUAUAUUGGAGUGCAGAGAAUAUUAAAUUAUUUUCACCUAAUAGCAGUGAACAAACGACAAUCAUCGUUUGCUGAUACUGAGACACAAACUGCUGUCUGCAGUAAAUACACGGCAUAGAAAUCAAGUAAGAAAAUUUCAGUGCGGUAUUUCUAAUAAUGGAACACUUGUUUGAUACAAAAAGGAAACAAUAAUAUUAAUAACAUUCUUAUUUCAUGUCUAAAAUCAAUCGAGCAGUACUUAUCGUUUUGCAUUUUUUUCAAUUUCUUAUUUAAAUACAUUAACAUUAUAUUUUUAAAUUUUGAUAUCGGUUACUUUAACAAAUCAAUCGAAAAACUGUUGGUAUGUUUUAAUGACUUUUUAACGCAUAAGCCUAAUUAACAAGGAUUGUGAAUUAUAGAUAAUACCAAUUAAUUCAUUCACUGUACAGUAAUGAGAUUAAAUUUAACAUCAUAAGAUUCUGUAUUACUAAGACUGCAAUCAUUCAAUUAUUGUUUUAUGGGAGUUGCAUUAUUUUCUAUUAUUUUCAUAAAUAAAAAUAUUAAAAUAUUCGACUGGUCUGAAUAUCCAAUUGGUCUUUAGAUUUCCACUUGGAUAUUCAGACCAAAAUUUCAUUAACACAUGGAUAAAAUUUUUUGUCAAAGCUUCUCGAAAGAAAAUAUGCUUAAAAAUAAUUUUUAAAAAUAAAUAGAAGCUUAUUAUUUAUUGUAGUUUCGAUUAUUAGAAUUUUGCGAGA